AUGGCACACGCCGCCCUGUGCCUGGCCCCCAGGAGGAACAAGGUGCUGAACCACUUCAGCAUCAUGCAGCAGCGGCGGCUCAAGGAUCAGGACCAGGACGAGGACGAGGAGGAGAAGGAGAAACGCGGCCGCAGGAAGGCAAGCGAGCUGCGCAUCCACGACCUGGAGGAUGACCUGGAGAUGUCGUCUGAUGCCAGUGACGCCAGCGGCGGCAGAGCCCCCAAGGCCAAGAAGAAGGUGCCGCUGGCCAAGGGUGGCAGGAAGAAGAAGAAGAAGAAGGGCUCAGACGACGAGGCCUUCGAGGACAGCGAUGACGGGGACUUCGAGGGCCAGGAGGUGGACUACAUGUCGGACGGCUCCAGCAGCUCCCAGGACGAGCCUGAGAGCAAGGCCAAGCCGCCCCAGCAGGAGGAGGGGCCCAAGGGUGUGGAUGAGCAGAGCGACAGUAGCGAGGAGAGUGAGGAGGAGAAGCCGCCCGAGGAGGACAAGGAGGAGGAGGAGGAGAAGAAGGCGCCCACCCCGCAGGAGAAGAAGCGCAGGAAAGACAGCAGCGAGGAGUCGGACAGCUCAGAGGAGAGCGACAUUGACAGCGAGGCCUCCUCGGCCCUCUUCAUGGCGAAGAAGAAGACGCCACCCAAGAGAGAGCGGAAGCCGUCGGGAGGGAGCUCGAGGGGCAACAGCCGCCCAGGCACGCCCAGCACAGAGGGCGGCGGCACCUCCUCCACCCUGCGGGCGGCUGCCAGCAAACUCGAGCAAGGGAAGCGGGUGAGCGAGAUGCCUGCAGCCAAGCGGUUGCGGCUGGACGCGGGGCCCCAGAGCCUGUCCGGGAAGUCGACCCCCCAGCCGCCAUCGGGCAAGUCAACACCCAGUAGCGGCGAUGUGCAGGUAACUGAGGAUGCCGUGCGCCGCUACCUGACACGGAAGCCCAUGACCACUAAGGACCUGCUGAAAAAGUUCCAGACCAAGAAGACAGGGCUGAGCAGCGAGCAGACGGUGAACGUGCUGGCCCAGAUCCUCAAGCGCCUCAACCCCGAGCGCAAGAUGGUUAACGACAAAAUGCACUUCUCCCUCAAGGAGUGAGGCGCUGUCCGGCACACGGCCCUGCCCCC